UUCCCAGCGCACCAACUGAUCUCAACAUCGAAGCUCUCAACUCCACAUCAGUGCUGGUGACGUGGCAAGCUCCCGAGGAGGAGAACGGCAUCAUCAUCAAUUACACGAUCCGCUGGAAGCUCGCGGGUAGCGGAAAUGAAGCAAACGAAGACCAGAUAAUUACAACGCCUGGUGACAGCUACGAGUGCGAAGUACCAGGCCUGUUCGAGUGCCAGACCUACGACUUCUUCGUGUCGGCGUCCACCAGCCGUGGCGAGGGAGCGAGAAAUACGAAACAGCGAAAACUACGAUGCGCUGAAGCUCCCAGCGCACCUCAAAACUUGACAUUGUUGGCGGCCCGGAGUGACGCUCUUGUCGUUCAGUGGGACGCGCCUGCGACACUAAACGGCGUCGUGGGUUAUUACUCAGUCAAAAUCAGCCGCGGCACCGACGUGGUCACCAACAAAAAUAUUACAGCUUCGGAUUAUCAAACUCGCUUCGAUUGUACCGUGGACGGCCUCAGUGCAAGCACAGUGUACAACAUUAGUGUACGGGCAGUCACGAAAGAAGAAGGUGAAUCUGUGGUGAUGCCGUUCAAUACUUUACCCGAAAACGAGUCUGGAGGCGUGGCGGGCAUCGUCAUUGGCUGCCUGGUGGGGGUGGCGCUGGUCGUGGGGCUCGUGGUUGUCAUCUACAAACGUGACGACAUUCGCAAGAAGUUCCUAUCACCGCCGUCCAAUUUCUCCCAAACCCCGACUGGAAACGAUGAUGUUCGAACAGAACUACUGGACACAGUUCGACAG